GCCUGGGUUCCGAGCCUGGCUCGCCACGCUGUGAGGGGCGAGCCCCAGUCUGCAGGCAGCGGGCCCAGGAAGGGCUCGGCCCGGCUGGGCGGGCGGUGAGUGGGGGCGCCGGGGAGAGGCCGAGGCAGGACAUCGCUGUCUGGAGGAAGUGGUCGCAGGGCCGUGGGGGUCGGAGCCGAAACGCGGCUGGUACCGGAGAGACUCCACCCGCCCCCUCCAGUCAGCUCUGGAGCAGCGCGGGGGGGUCUGUGCCGCUGAGCCCAGCAGGGUCCCCCCAGCUGAGCCCGCCUUGGGGCAGCAGUCGGAGCGGGGUUUCCAGAUCAGCUGUGCGGGUUUACGUCCUGUCCCGGAGGUGAGAAGAAAGGAGGGAAUCCGCAUCCGGCCGGGACUUGGAGCCCAGAGCUGCACAGGCCCCUGGCGGGGAGCCCCAAAGCCCUGAACAGGGAGAGACACCAGCCUGAGUCCGUACGGGGCUGAUUGGCACCAGGGAGACACCGCUCCCCCCCGCCCCAUCCCAGGGUAGAGACAUGGAAGAAAAAUCCCACAGAUGUUCUGACUGCAGUAAAAGCUUUAAGCAGAGCUCGACCCUAAGGAGGCACCAGCGAACCCACACGGGGGAGCGACCCUACAAAUGUCUCCAGUGUGGGAAGAGCUUUGCUGACAGCUCCAACCUCCUUCGCCAUCAGAGGAGCCACACGGGGGACAGACCCUACACGUGUGCGCUGUGCGGGAAGAGCUUUGGGCAAAACUCGAGCCUGAUGAAGCACUGCAGGACUCACACGGGUGAGAGACCCUACAGAUGUGAUGAGUGUGGAAAGAGCUUCUCGGAAAGCUCCAAGCUCCUAGAGCACCAGAGGAUUCACACAGGCCUGAAACCCUACAAAUGCCUUAACUGUGGGAAAGUGUUUUGCCACAGCUCCUCACUGACCAACCAUCAGCGGGUCCACACAGGUGAGAGACCCUAUAAAUGCCCCGAGUGCGAGAAGACUUUUGGACGCCGCUGCAUGCUCAUUCGACACAUGAGGAUCCACACAGGGGAGCGACCUUACAAAUGCCCCCACUGCGGAAAGACCUUUGCCGUUCUCUCAGUCCUGAUCCAGCAUGAGCGGAUCCACACAGGGGAGAAACCCCACAAAUGUGCCCACUGCGGGAAGUGUUUCAGCGAUCCCUCCGUCCUGACCCGGCAUGAGCGCAUCCACACAGGCGAGCGACCCUACAAGUGUGUUCAUUGCGGGAAGGGCUUCAGUCAAAGCUCCACCCAUGCCCAGCAUCUGAGAACCCACACUGGGGAGCGGCCCUAUAGAUGUGAUGAGUGUGGGAAGAGCUUCAGUGUAAGUUCCAGCCUUGUUGUCCACCAGAGGAUCCACACAGGAGAGAGACCCUAUAAAUGUCCCAAUUGUGGGAAGAGCUUUAGCGGCUGGCCAAAUUUUAGCAGGCAUCUGAGGACCCACGCCCAGGAGUAAACCCGACAGGUGACCCAAUUCUGGGAGAUGUUACUGUGAGCACUUAGGGCUCUUUAGAGAGAACCCACCCAUUGGAGAGAUGCUGUAAAUGCCCCAACUGUAGCCAGAGCUUCUGUCUCAGCUCGGAGCUUCGUAGGUACCAGAAAAUCCACAUGGGGGGUAACCCUAUAAACGCUCCAACUGAUGAAAGAGCUUUAGUCCCAGGCUGUACCUUAUUAUUCAUCAGAGGAUCCACAGCAGAGACAGGCCUGAGAAAAAUAAAUGUGGAGACCAAUUCUCCAGAUCAUCCUGAAU